UUCAAUACUCAAAUCACCAGCUAAGAAAUGUUUUAAAAGCAACACACAGCACGCAAACUGAGAUGUACAAACACGACCAGUGAGUAACACCACACACUGUUUGUGCUUUUUCCCUCUAAUUCCAAAUUCUUCCUAUUUCCGUGAUUCAUUUCAUUCAACUAAAAUGGAUCCAGUUAGUGAAUGGGGAAACACGCCGUUAGUAACCGUCGACCCAGAAAUCCACGACUUAAUAGAAAAAGAGAAACGCCGUCAAUGCCGUGGAAUCGAACUCAUAGCCUCAGAAAAUUUCACCUCCUUCGCAGUCAUCGAAGCCCUAGGAAGUGCCCUCACCAACAAAUACUCCGAAGGUCUUCCCGGUAACCGUUACUACGGCGGUAACGAAUUCAUCGAUCAGAUCGAAAACCUCUGCCGUUCACGCGCUCUAACCGCUUUCCAUCUCGACGCUGAAAAAUGGGGAGUUAAUGUUCAGCCUUACUCCGGUUCACCGGCGAACUUCGCCGCUUACACGGCGGUGCUUCAGCCUCAUGAUCGGAUUAUGGGACUGGAUCUACCUUCCGGUGGACAUUUGACUCAUGGUUACUAUACUUCCGGUGGGAAGAAAAUUUCUGCUACUUCGAUUUACUUUGAGAGUUUGCCUUAUAAGGUGAAUCAGAGUACUGGAUUUAUUGAUUAUGAUAGGUUGGAAGAGAAAGCUUUGGAUUUUAGACCUAAAUUGAUUAUUUGUGGUGGAAGUGCUUAUCCUAGAGAUUGGGAUUAUGCUAGGUUUAGACAAGUUGCUGAUAAGUGUGGUGCACUUUUGCUUUGUGAUAUGGCUCAUAUUAGUGGCCUUGUUGCUGCUCAGGAGGCUAACGAUCCCUUUGAGUACUGUGACAUUGUCACAACAACAACCCAUAAGAGCUUAAGGGGUCCCAGGGCUGGUAUGAUCUUCUACCGGAAGGGACCUAAGCCACCAAAGAAGGGUCAGCCCGAGAAUGCAGUUUAUGAUUUUGAAGACAAAAUCAACUUUGCUGUUUUCCCCUCCCUUCAGGGUGGUCCUCACAACCACCAGAUUGGUGCCCUUGCUGUUGCUUUGAAACAGGCCGCGACGCCUGCGUUCAAGGCAUAUGCCAAGCAAGUUAAGGCCAAUGCUGUUGCACUUGGAAAUUACUUGAUUAGCAAGGGAUACCAACUUGUCACCGGCGGAACCGAAAACCAUCUUGUCUUGUGGGAUCUCCGCCCUCUUGGUUUGACUGGAAAUAAGGUGGAAAAACUUUGUGAUCUCUGUAACAUUACUGUGAACAAGAAUGCUGUUUUUGGUGACAGCAGUGCCUUGGCCCCUGGAGGAGUAAGAAUUGGUGCCCCAGCUAUGACUUCUAGGGGAUUGGUUGAGAAGGACUUUGAGCAGAUUGGAGAGUUCCUUCACCGUGCAGUAACUCUUACACUAGACAUUCAAAAGGAAUAUGGCAAACUUUUGAAGGAUUUCAACAAGGGAUUGGUGAACAACAAAGCACUUGAAGACCUCAAAGCUGAUGUUGAGAAGUUUUCAGCCUCAUUCGAUAUGCCUGGAUUCCUAGUAUCUGAGUUGAAGUACAAGGAUUAGGUUGGCCGCACACAACUCUUUCAAAAUGAAUGUCCUGAAUCAUGGGAAUGUCGAGAUAAAUGCUCUUGUGUUGGACGUCGCAUAGGCUAAAUUUGAUUGUUUUUGGUUCAAUUUAUCGGUUCAUGUGUUUGUUGUUAUGUGUUUGUAUCCCUGAUAUGAUAUCAUAUUUUCUCAAGAAAAAUGCUAUUUCUUACAAAUGUAUUUUUAAUGAAACCAAAGAAUGUAUUCUAUUUAGCUAAAA